CUCUCUUUAUUCUCUCUUUAUUCUCUCUCUAUUCUCUCUCUUUAUUCUCUCUCUAUUCUCUCUCUAUUCUCUCUUUAUUCUCUCUUUAUUCUCUGUCUCUAUUCUCUCUCUCCAUGUUAAUAAAGUAAAUAAACGUAGCUUAUCAUGUUAUGGAGAAACGCUCAGCUGAACGCUGCACUAGUUCACAUUAACUCAGGCAUCUCUUACACGUCACUGCAGCACACACACACACACACACACACACACACACACACACACACACACACACACACACACACACUGGAGUCUCUUAGAAAUGAUAAUAACUCACAGUCUGCGGGAUUUCUCUACACAUGUUGUACUUUGUGCUCUGAUAUUUAAUCACAGUGAGGUUCUGCACUUCACCUGCUCGUGAUCUCAGAUUCCCACUAAUCAUUAACACACUUCACUGUUACUCGGCGUGGCUGCAGGUGCCAAAACUUACUCACUAAAAUCCUUUUCCGUUGCUUUGUUCACUUUCAUUUCCUCUCUGUGGGCUCGAUGUCUUCCUGCCGUUUACUGUAAAUCACACAGCCAGCAGCCGGAGAGGAGGGAACACACCGCUGGAAAAAUCUAACCAAUGACGGUGAAUGUGGGCGGAAGGAUAUAAAGCACCGAGACUGUUCGGAGCAUUUCAUUCAUACCUCUAAAACCCUGCAGCACUGAACACACACGCACACGCACACACACACGCACACACACACGCAUAGGCACGCUGAAGUGUAUUAUAUUAUUAUGUUACUGAAACACAGAGUGGGUUUGAGAGAGAGAACUGAGGAGAACGUAAAGAUCCUGUUCUUCUGCAGAGGCUGUGAGGAACCGUACGUACAGAUCAUCACGGUGAGGAAGGAGAAGCGUUCUCAGAGUGUGUGCAGCUCUCCGAGUGUUUCCACAUCCGAGGACGAGGACACUGAGGACACACUUCCUGUGCUGCAGCAGGACAGUCAGAUCCUCAGGGAGCAGCACAUAGAGAAGUUAGCUCCACAUCUCCCAGCGCGUGUUCAGUGUUCUCCCUGGCAGCUGGUUUACAGCACUGACACUCACGGCACCAGCCUGAAAACUCUGUACAGAAACACAGCAGAAAUCCAACAACCGGUACUGCUGCUGAUACAGGACACACACAACCAGGUAUUCGGGGCGUUUUCCUCAGACUCGUUCAGAGUGAGUGACUGCUGCUAUGGAACUGGAGAGACGUUUCUCUUCACUUUCAGCCCCGAGUUUCAGAUGUUCCGGUGGAGUGGAGAGAACUCAUACUUUGUGAGAGGGUUCCUCGACUCUCUGCAGCUGGGAGCAGGAGGAGGGCCGUUCGGGUUGUGGUUAGACUCGGAUCUUCUCCGUGGCUCAACGUUUCCCUGUAACACGUUCCGUAACGCUCCUCUGUGUCCACAUCAGGACUUCAGCGUGCGGGCGCUCGAGGUGUGGAGCUUCCAGUGAACACGAGAACCCACAAGAAAACCCCAUCCUGAAUGUGUCCAUAUCACUCGUACACACACACGCACAAUUUACACACACACACACACACGCACACACACGCACACACACACACACACGCACACACACACACGCACACACACACACGCACCCAUCAUGACUGUAUCAGUCACACACAUGGUCCUCCUUUACUUAACAGUUUCCUAUCACUCUAAUGUAUGUGACUGUGUGUGUGUGUGUGUGUGUGUGUGUGUGUGUGUUUCAGUGUGUAGGGAAAAUUUUAAAUAUUGUUAAAUUGUAAAAUUAUGUACAGUUUUAUAUUUGCAUUUUGUACAUGUUGUUAAAUUAUAGUUUUGUAUUGCAGUGUGUGUUUUAUCUCUCAGUGCCGGCGCUGAUCCUCCAAUAAAUACUUUUCUCCUGGUGAA